AUGCUGCCCAGCGCCCCGCCGGAGAAACCCGGCUCUGGCGCAGGAGUGGCGGCACCUGACUUGCUGGAUCCAAAAUCUGCCGCUCAGAACUCCAAACCGAGGCUCUCGUUUUCCACGAAACCCACCGUGCUUGCUUCCCGGGUGGAGAGUGACACGACCAUUAAUGUUAUGAAAUGGAAGACGGUCUCCACGAUUUUCCUGGUGGUGGUCCUCUAUCUGAUCAUCGGAGCCACCGUGUUCAAAGCCCUGGAGCAGCCUCACGAGAUCUCGCAGAGGACCACCAUCGUGAUCCAGAAGCAGACAUUCAUUUCCCAGCACUCCUGCGUCAACUCGACUGAGCUGGACGAACUCAUCCAGCAAAUAGUGGCAGCAAUAAAUGCAGGGAUUAUACCGUUAGGAAACACCUCCAAUCAAAUCAGUCACUGGGACUUGGGAAGUUCCUUCUUCUUUGCUGGCACUGUUAUUACCACCAUAGGGUUUGGAAACAUCUCACCACGCACAGAAGGGGGGAAAAUAUUCUGUAUAAUCUAUGCCUUACUGGGAAUUCCCCUCUUUGGUUUUCUGUUGGCUGGAGUUGGAGAUCAACUAGGGACCAUAUUUGGAAAAGGAAUUGCAAAAGUGGAAGAUACGUUUAUUAAGUGGAAUGUUAGUCAGACCAAGAUUCGCAUCAUCUCAACAAUCAUAUUUAUACUGUUUGGCUGUGUGCUCUUCGUUGCUCUGCCCGCUAUCAUAUUUAAGCACAUAGAAGGCUGGAGUGCUCUGGACGCCAUUUACUUCGUGGUUAUCACUUUAACAACCAUUGGAUUCGGGGACUAUGUUGCAGGUGGGUCAGAUAUUGAGUACCUAGACUUCUAUAAGCCUGUCGUGUGGUUUUGGAUCCUCGUAGGACUUGCUUACUUUGCUGCUGUCCUGAGCAUGAUUGGAGACUGGCUCCGAGUGAUUUCGAAAAAGACAAAAGAAGAGGUGGGAGAGUUCCGAGCCCAUGCUGCUGAGUGGACAGCCAAUGUCACAGCUGAGUUCAAGGAAACCAGGAGGCGGCUGAGUGUGGAGAUCUAUGACAAGUUCCAGCGCGCCACCUCCAUUAAGCGGAAGCUCUCUGCAGAACUGGCUGGGAACCACAACCAGGAGCUGACCCCUUGUAGGAGGACCCUGUCCGUGAACCACCUAGCCAGCGAGAGGGAUGUCUUGCCUCCCUUAUUGAAAACUGAAAGUAUCUAUUUGAAUGGAUUGACGCCACACUGUGCAGGGGAGGAAAUUGCUGUUAUUGAAAAUAUUAAAUAGCCCUCUCUUUGAAGAGCCUUAGGCAUAGCCAUAGGUGAGGACUUCUAUACUCUCUUUAAGACUGUUGCUGGUAGCAUUUUUUAAAAUUGUGCAUGAACUCCAAAAGGGGGAAAAUAGAUAUACCCAUCACGGUCAUCUACCAUCAAGAGAAGUUGGAAUUCUGAGCCAGCACUAUCUUUUUGAUGAUGCUUGUAACGGUCUAUUUUCUUUGACCAGUGGAAUAAAACAAGCAAUG